GCCCAAAUUACUGAUACGGCGAUAUAGCGAAGGUGAUUUUGAUCACGAAGGCGGAGCAAGUCUGGACGAACGGCGUAUCGCAUCGGACGAAAUGACGAUUCGUCUUCAGGAGGUAGUGAGGUCGGAUGUAGAAGGCGGUUUGUCGGGACCAGCCAACCCGAUACCAAGCCAGUCGAUCGAUUGCGGCUGCGGACUGAUGCAAUGCCCGAAGCUGGCGAGAUUCGCAACGCGAAAACUCUUCGUGGGAUUAAUGUGUUGGGUCGGCGUGGUGCAAGCCGCGUCUUACGUCUAUUUUUACGUGACAGGCCCCACGAUAGCCAGAAAGUUUCAAAUUAAUCCUUAUCUAAUGGAUUGGAUUCUCGUUACGGCGGACUUAACACCAUUCGUCCUCGGAUUAGUCGUAGCGUAUUGGGGAGACAGGAUACACAGGACCUCAUGGAUGGGCACCUUAAUUCUAUUACAGAGCGUUGCGUAUUUCAUUCUGAUAAUACCCCAUUUAACGCAUCGUGUUCGCGUGAUCGAAGACACGACGAAUGCCACUUACAUGUCGUUAUACGCAGACGAUAGUUCAGAAUUAUGCGCCGCCGGAACAUCGAAGAUGAUCGCGAAGGAAGACGGGACUUGUUACUUCACCAUGGUCGUUCUUAUCAUAGUCCUAAUCAUUAGCGGAAUGGCGAAUGUCGCUUACUACGCUCUAGGGAUUUCCUAUUUGGACGACAAUACGAAGAAGAGAGAUGUGACCUCUUUCAUCGGCGCGAUCAUCGCCAUGCGGAUUAUGAGUAUUAUUUUCGGAUAUAGUUUGGCCUGGGGAUGUCUUCGGAUAGAUGCGGAAAAUCUCAAUAAAGUGGAAUCAUACCGGGAUCAUAUCGGAGCGUGGUGGCUUGGAUUCCCAAUUCUCUCCGUAUUAAUGGUGGUGCCUGGUUUGUUGCUCGCGUGGUUCCCUAGAAGACUCCCUUCAGAGGUUGUCGAACAAGCUGCAGCCUCGCUUCUCGACCGUUCCGCGGUGCAUAAUCGAGCACCUCACCGAACCACCAAUCAGAAAGCUGGUAGCCCGGAUUUUUGCCCGUCAUUCCUGAGGUUAAUUACCAACAAGAUUUUGAUGUGUAACAUUCUGGCGAUGGCGUUCUGCGCCAUGGCGCUUCUGAACUUCAUGACGCACGAGGACAUCUACUUAGAGUCCAGAUUUCACAUAGCCCGGCCGACAGGAAUGCUCCUUGGAUUCAACGAUCCCCUACGAUCCAGGCUAAUUAUCAAUAUCUCGAAACCCGUUCUGAUCGGCCUGAUCGUAAUCAUCAGUGGUUUAGUAUUAGCUAAGGCAAAGCCGAGCGCGAGAUUUAUCAUUGGCUACAGUUUCGCAACCGUGCUUUUGUCCAUAGUAAUUAUAAUCCUGCUGAUCUUCGACACUUGCGAAAAGCCGCCUAUCGUCAAUAUGGAACCGGGCUCAAUCGGAUUGUCGAGAUAUUGCAAUAAGAAUUGCGGCUGCUCAAAAGACGCCGUAUUCCGACCGGUUUGCGAGAAGUUGGGAAAGUACACGUACUACAAUCCUUGCUAUGCCGGCUGCACCACAAUCAUUUACGUCGACAACGAAAAGAUUUAUAGCGAUUGCAAAUGUGUGGAGGAUAGGACAGGGUGGAGUAAUGACCAAGCGACGGAUGGCCCGUGCGAUUCGUUGAGGUGUCAGGCCGCUUGGAUGCUUUUCCAGUUCGGAACUUCCGUGGCGUACGCGCUGAUCGCUUCUACUUUCGUAGGGGAUCUGUUGAUCAACGUAAGAUCGGUCUAUAAGCAAGACAAGGCGAUCAGCAUAGGUCUCUGGAUGGCGAUCGUCGCGAUUUUCGUCAACGUGCCCGGCAAGAUUCUCUAUGAAUUUGCAUCGUAUCAGGCGUGCCAGUACUGGGGCAAGGAGAAGAUAAUUUGUCAUUUGCACGACGGUGAAAAGCUCGGGAACUACCUGUGCUACUUGACGAUACUGCUUCUGUCCUUGUGUCUUGUCCUCAAAGCCGUUGUCUGCUUUUUUUCCAAGAAUUUACAGCUCUACGACGAAGUCGAGAGUGAAGGCAAGGGGAACGUCGAGAUACAGGAACUGAUCGAACAGGCGAGGACACUCGACGAGCCGGAGGAGGCAUCGGUUAAUAAUAUGGAGGCGACCGUCGAGCCGGAAUCGACAACGUCACCGGAGACGACGUUGCCGGAGGAAAAUCCGCGGAAGGAGGACGAAGACAGCGAAGAGACCGCGGCAUUCAAGUACGGCCCGUUGGGUCCGGGCGAUCGCCGAAGCACGGUUCACCCGGUGAAAAGCGAUUCUCAGGGGACGAUCCAAAAUCUCGACUCCGAGGACGAGCUCGACAGUUCGAGCGACGAGAGCCGUCCAGACGAGAGCAAGAAACAAUCGAGCCCGCGAGUCGCCUACACGCCGUUAGAGCUGGACUCCGACAUCGAGAGCGACCUUAGCAGCACGGGGCCGAGGUCGAGAAGGCGCGUCUCCAGCAAGGAUUACGACCAGACGUGCGACAUCGGCGACGACAACGCCCCGUCCAAGAACUCGUCCGUGAAGCGCCGGUUUCCCAAUCCCGAUCACUACGAGGACCCGCGGAGGGCCCGGAACGGCCGGAAUCAGAACGGUUACGGGGACGGCUCGUGGAAGACAACCAGCUUCGAGUUCUCGACGAGGGGUCAAGAGAGCGACGUGCUCGAACUAGGGAACUUCAACGAAGUUGGCAUACCGAUAGCGGAUCCGUUUCCGGACGGUAAGGGCGACUCCGCCGCCGCUAACACGGCCCACUCGAAGGACGUGAAGUCGCUGAUCGAUCAAUACGAGCAGAACGCCAGUCAGGAGGCCGCGGACGAGGAUCAGUUGUCGGUCAAGUCGUCGGAAGAUACGAGGACUCGACCGGAGAACAAGAUCGUCUCCGGUAUUCCUCUGGUAGCCAUGGUGCCCGGCGUCACCAAACAAUCGUUUCGACGGAUGUCCCCCUCGGGCUCCGCCGGCUCGCCGAACCUGCGGGACAAGAACGCCGAUCGGCGUUCGGAAAAACACACGACACCCAGCCCGAAGAGCCCCGCCAAGGGAGGUAAACCCACGUAUUGCACCGAUCUCUGA